CAAAAGGAAAACAAACAGUUCUGGUCGUAGUUUAGUUGGCUGUCGAUUUAAGUUAAAAAAUAUCGCAAUUACAUCACUUUGAUGAUCUACAACUCGUCCAGAAUGUGCUCGUAUCGGUCCUGUAGGUGCGAAUGUUAGAAUGACCAAAAAGAAACCAUCUCCCCAAAAUCGCAUCUGGGAAAAGGAACGCCGUGAUCGUCUCAAUCAAACAUUUGACGGGCUUUCGAAACUACUUCCGGAUUAUGAACCGGCCACCCAGCUCAGCAAAAUUGAAAUUCUUCAGCGAGCAAUCGAGUACGUGGAGAAACUACAAAACAAGAUUAAAGCGUCCCUGGAGGAACGGGAUGCACUGUUGAAAAAACAUGUGGAUGAACUUGAAGAACGGCUACAGGCAUUGAUUGCAAGAAAUGAGGAUUUGGCUGCUCUACUGAAGAAAGCUAAUAUCAAUGUUCCACCCUGCAAACAUGGGUCUACUGGAGGGAAGGAUAAUUCGGAAGACAAGCCAGGGGAUGCGACAGAAAAUGUCAAAACUGUUGGCAAACCGAACAAAAAAGCAUCGCCCAAGAAAAAAAUCAAGGAGAAAGAGAUUGAACAGCUACCAGAACUAACAGUUCCUUCGACAAAUUCUGUGAUAGAACAUCAAGCUACUAGCAGCGCAGAAGAAUGUGCGUUGCCAACCGCCGUAGUAGUAGCAAGCUGUUCACCUGAGACUGGUAGUGUUAGUGCAGCGUCCUGUGCAGUAGGUACACGGAUAACUGACUGUAACAAAGAAUCAACGGCUGCCACAAUGGUCACAAGAUCUAUCAGCAUCCCUAGCACGUGUUUCGUUAUGGCAAAUAACCAGAUUGUUGGAACUUUGAAGCAAACUAGUGGAGUUAACGUUACUCCUGCUCUUCUCUCCACACCGAUAAUGGCCACAGGCGUUCUGAUAUCGAACAAUGGUAGCGUACUACAAAUGCCUCUCGUACCUCCGCAAUCAUCCCUGCUAAUAGUGAGUAAUGAAGACGUACGAUCCAAGAUCUGUUUGAAAAAGAAAACAGAUUCCGCAAAAUCACAGUCAAGGACUAAAAAUGCGCAAAAGGCAAAGUUCAGUAUAAAAUCGAUUGAUGUGAUAUCCGGGCGGAUCAUAAACGGCAAGAUUCCAAUACCACCCUUGAAGCGAACAUCGCGAACUUUAGUGAAAGCGAAAAAGGAAGCGCGGAAGAAACGACGAAAGCGAAAGAUUGCUGAUCCAAAGGAAAAUGAUGAAAGUACUGCCAAAAAGCGGAAAGUUGACGAAUCAGAGCUAUUAAAACAAUCAAAAACAGAAAUGACAGACUGUACACCACAGAAAACAACAGAGGAAUUACAGCAGAAAAACAGUGCGUCUCAAGCCGUCGACGAAGUUCAAACGACCGAAAUAACCACAACGGAGACGGUAAUGGAUGAUCAAGCCAACUCGCUAGACAUGAAUCUAGACCAAACAGAUUUAUCGAGUGACCUCUUUGCCAACUUACAAGUGCCGGAUGCCGAGUCGGGCGAAAAUCAGGGGUCACUAUCACCAACUGCUGCCUACCUUAUGAAUUUUCCGUUGGUUGCCACCGGAGGCGGCAAGAUUGCCGGUAGUCAAGCGUAUACUUCCGGCGAAGCCGAAAUCCCAGAUGUAGAAACUGACAAAAAAGUCACAUCAUUGCAAACCAAUGACAAUAAUCUGCUGUUGGAUAACUUUUCGUCUUACUUCAGCUCGAGUGUAUACGGAGGAAUGGAAAGUGUAGGUCCGGUUGUGUCAGAAUCAGUAACGACCUCGACUGCGACUUCUACAAGCUUCUCGACAAUCUACCAGUCCAUUGACAGUAUGCUGGACCACAAGACAUCACGUACGAAGAACACUUCGGACUGCAGAUUCAACACUACACCUUUUACUUUCACUUUGACGCCAUCCAGUACAACUGCUACAACGCAGGCUUCAUUCGACUACAGACAUUGUUCGACGUCAAGCUAUUACUAUCCCACUUCAGUGACAACUGCCAAACCUAUUGAUGAAUAUGGACUGUUGAAACCUCCAAUAGUGAGUGAGUUCACGUUCUCCUUAACCAGCACAACCCCAAGUGCUCCUAAAACCGUCCAGUCACAAUAUACGAAUAGUACCAUCUAUUCGUCCACCAUGACUACACCAUCGUAUAGCACCUACGGCUAUCAAUCCAAAAACACAAACAAGGCAGCCAGUUACACUGCAAACUAUAUCCCAGAAACGUCUAAGAGCGACACGAAAACUCCUAAAAAGUACGAUUUCCUUGAAACAGAAAAACCCGCAACAAGCUUCACAUUCUGCCUAACCUCAACAACCAAAACCUUGCCCAAGUAUACCCAAUCAUCCGUAGCUACCCCAUCAGUGGCUUGUGCUAUACAGAGUGCUAUCACAACUAUUAGCUCGUACUCUAAAGUAGAAGAUUGUUUGUAUAAAACAGCCAAACCGACUACACAUGGUCAUCAACCAUACAAAACUCCUUCCAAACAGAAGCUAGUGCAUUCCUAUCCAAUUGUCUCUAGCUCCCACACAACCUAUCAAUCUCAAUCAUCCUCCUACCAACAAUCGAAGUACGACGUAAACUGGAUGGCAUCACAAGACCCGAAGCCCACCCCCAGUCAAGACUACAGUCAACUACUUCCCGUUCUCGAUUUCAACUCGACCCCAUCACACUCGUAUCAAACAACCAACAUCGAUCUGAGCCGCAAAUCAGACAUUUUCUUCGCUCAUCCUACCGGAGAAGAAAACCUCGUCACCUGGUCGCCGAACAAGCUUACCAACAUCCUGAACGAUACAACUUCGUCCUACUAUCCGCCGACUACCGUCAGUUUGCCUAACCUGAAUGGAGAUCUUGCUUUGAACAGCAUAACAAGCAACUGUCAGCAACCCGCUACGGCAAAAUCCUCUGCACAAAAUCGGAAAGUCAACGAUUCAAGCAGUACCUUCCUAUCGGUGCAACAGUUGGUUGAUCAACCCAGAAAGAACUCCAAUAAAAACUAUUUCAGUUGCAACAGUUAUCCACCCAAUCAAAAGCCACUGCAAAACAACUAUUCUGCUGAAGCACUAAUCGCUGCGCCUAGUAACAAUUCCACUAAGAAAGAUAAAUAUUCAAACGACCAAGCAUAUAAUAGCUACAAUGCAUACGUAACCGACACCAACUCCGCCACCGGGCUCUCGUUUAAUUUCGACUACUCAUCGGAUUACAAUAAAAAUUACAACUACAACUGUCAGCAAAACUACAUGACGUCUUUCAUGGACAAUAGCUACGGGUUGCCAACACUUCCAGCGGUCACCACGUCCUCUGCGGGUACCAACUACAGUAGUUACGGAUAUUCGUCGGAGAAGAAGCAGCAAUCCAAUAGCUACUAUCAGAACUCGUCCUACCAGGUAGCCUCUUCCUCGGACAUUCCGUACUACGUGCCAUCCAGUGAAAAGCGAGCGGCGUCUUCCAAAUCAAAAAAGUAUCCCAAACAACCACCGACGAGCAGCAGCGACUACAGCUCGCAUCCAGCAACUUCCAAUCCGAGUUACUUCCCAGCGAUUUUACCACCCCCACCGCCAAGUCUAGCCGAUGACACACUUUGCUACAACAAUUUCAAUUUCAAUCCUUCGGUGACUGCGAAGAGUGCAGCUACAAGCUGCUACAGUCAACCGUAUCAUAAUGCAGCUGUGCCGAAUUACUCCUUCGGUACCGGUGCCACUGGUAGCGCAGCUGCGCAAUCAUAUCCGACGCAAGCUGGCGCCAGCAACACAGCAUCGGUUGGUAGUUCGUUGACGAACUUCAACCUCAGUACCAUUUGUCCGGAGAUUAAUGAGAAAAGUACGAGGGCGAGUGGGCCACCGUCGGUAGCGGUCGGAACUGCGGUGAGGCAGGCAAUAACCGGUGGAUCCGGUUGGUGAUAGAAGGUGGGGUUUUUAUUAUUGUGUGAGAUAUGUUAUUAAAACGAAUAGUAAAUUUGA